AUGGAGCGCCGCGCGGUCCUCGGGCAGCCCGGGCUCGGGACGGGGAACGCCGGCCGCGCGCUCCUCUGCGUGCUGUGCUGCGUCCUCCCGCAGGCCGCCCCGCAAGUGCUCAGGAUCGGGGGCAUCUUCGAGACCGUGGAGAACGAGCCCGUGAACGUGGAAGAACUGGCCUUCAAGUUCGCAGUCACCAGCAUCAACCGGAACCGAACCCUGAUGCCCAACGUCACCCUGACCUACGACAUCCAGAGAAUCAGCCUGUUCGACAGCUUCGAAGCCUCCCGGAGAGCGUGUGACCAGCUGGCCCUGGGCGUGGCCGCGCUCUUCGGCCCCUCCCACAGCUCGUCCGUGAGCGCCGUGCAGUCCAUCUGCAACGCCCUCCAGGUGCCCCACGUACAGACUCGCUGGAAACACCCCCAGGCGGACGGCCGGGACCUGUUCUCCGUCAACCUGCACCCCGACCAGGCGGCCAUCAGCAGGGCGGUGCUGGACCUGGUGCUGCACUACGACUGGAGGAGCGUGACCGUGGUGUACGAGGACAGCACAGGUCUGAUUCGCCUGCAGGAGCUCAUCAAAGCUCCCUCCCGAUACAACAUCAAAAUCAAAAUCCGGCAGCUGCCCUCGGGGAACAAGGACGCGAAGGCCCUGCUCAAGGAGAUGAAGAGGGGCCGGGAGUUCUACGUGAUCUUUGACUGCUCCCACGGGACGGCCGCCGAGGUCCUGAAGCAGAUUCUGUUCAUGGGCAUGAUGACGGAGUAUUACCACUACUUCUUCACGACGCUGGACCUGUUCGCCUUGGAUCUGGAGUUCUACCGGUACAGCGGCGUGAACGUGACCGGCUUCCGGCUGCUCAACAUGGACAGCCCCCAGGUGUCGUCCGUGGUGGAGAAGUGGUCCGUGGAGAGGCUGCAGGCCCCGCCCCGGCCCGAGACGGGCCUUCUGGACGGGGUGAUGACCACGGAAGCGGCUCUGAUGUACGACGCGGUGCACGUGGUGGCCAGCGCCUCCCAUCGGGCCGCCCAGCUGGCCGUCAGCUCCCUCCAGUGCCACCGACACAGGCCCUGGCGCCUCGGACCCCGAUUCAUGAAGCUGAUCAGAGAGGCUCGCUGGGACGGCUUGACCGGACGGAUCGCCUUCAACAAGACCGACGGCUUAAGGAAGGAUUUCGACCUGGACAUCAUCAGUCUCAGAGAGGAAGGAACUGAGAAGGCUGCUGGCGAGGUGUCUAAACACUUAUAUAAAGUGUGGAAAAAGAUUGGGAUUUGGAACUCCAACAGCGGCCUCAACAUGACGGACAGGCAGGGGGACAAGGGCCACCACGUCAGCGACUCGCUGGCCAACCGCACGCUCGUGGUCACCACCAUCCUGGAAGAGCCCUACGUCAUGUACAGGAAGUCCGACCGGCCCCUGCACGGGAACGACCGGUUCGAAGGCUACUGCCUGGACCUCUUGAAGGAGCUGUCCAACAUCCUGGGCUUUAUUUACGACGUGAAGCUCGUCCCCGACGGCAAGUACGGAGCCCAGAACGACAAGGGGGAGUGGAACGGAAUGGUCAAGGAGCUCAUGGAUCACAGGGCCGACCUGGCCGUGGCUCCGCUCACCAUCACCUACGUGCGGGAGACAGUGAUCGACUUCUCCAAGCCCUUCAUGACCCUGGGCAUCAGCAUUCUCUACCGGAAGCCCAACGGCACCAACCCAGGGGUCUUCUCCUUCCUCAACCCCCUGUCCCCCGACAUCUGGAUGUACGUGCUCUUAGCCUGCCUGGGGGUCAGCUGUGUGCUCUUCGUGAUUGCAAGGUUCACACCCUACGAGUGGUACGACCCCCACCCCUGCAACCCCGACUCGGACACGGUGGAAAACAGUUUCACUUUGCUGAACAGUUUCUGGUUUGGGAUCGGUGCGCUCAUGCAGCAAGGGUCGGAGCUGAUGCCCAAAGCUCUCUCGACCAGAAUCGUCGGAGGGAUAUGGUGGUUUUUCACCCUCAUCAUCAUCUCCUCCUACACGGCCAACCUGGCCGCCUUCCUCACGGUGGAGAGGAUGGAAUCCCCCAUCGACUCGGCGGACGACCUGGCCAAGCAGACCAAGAUCGAGUACGGGGCCGUCCGAGACGGGUCGACCAUGACCUUCUUCAAGAAGUCCAAGAUCUCCACCUACGAGAAGAUGUGGGCCUUCAUGAGCGGCCGGCAGCAGACGGCCCUGGUGCGGAGCAGCGCCGAGGGCAUCCGGCGCGUGCUCAGCGCGGACUUCGCGCUGCUCAUGGAGUCCACCAGCAUCGAGUACGUGACGCAGCGGGACUGCAACCUCACGCAGAUCGGGGGCCUCCUGGACUCCAAAGGCUACGGCGUGGGGACGCCCAUAGGCUCCCCGUACCGGGACAAGGUCACCAUCGCCAUCCUGCAGCUGCAGGAGGAGGGGAAGCUGCACCUGCUGAAGGAGAAGUGGUGGCGGGGCAGCGGGUGCCCCGAGGACGAGGGCAGGGAGGCCAGCGCCCUGGGCGUGGAGAACAUCGGCGGCAUCUUCAUCGUCCUGGCCGCCGGCCUGGUGCUGUCGGUGUUUGUGGCCAUCGGGGAAUUUAUGUACAAGUCCCGGAGGAGCAGCGACAUGGAGCAGAAAGGAAAGUCAUCGGGAAUUAGAUUUUACUUUAGGGACAAGGUGAGGGUUCGUGGGGGAAGCAGCAAAUGUCUGCCCGUGAACACCCUCAUGGAGGAGCUGGGCCUCUCCCUCCAGACUCAGAGGAGGCUGAAGAGACACUGGAGGACGGAGGGGGGACCCUCCUUCACGAGUGUCCUGACCUGUCACCAGAGACGGACUCAGAGGAAGGAGACCGUGGCGUGA